AAGCAGCAGAAGCAGCAGUAGCAGCAGCAGCAGCAGCAGCAGCAGCAGCAGCAGCAGCGGCCAUGUCAGCAGCGAGGGCAGGGCGCCUGUGGGUGGCGGCGGUCUUCCUCACGCACCAAGUGUUCGCGCACCAGGUGACGGCUGACGCAGGAGCUGCAGUGAGGGACUACAUCAAGGCGGGAGAUUUCGCUGCGGCUAAAACCGCAUUGGAAUUGGACAGCUCACUUCUCAACUGGAGGGAUACGGAAGGACAGGGUCUGCUCCACGUCUCUGCCAUGUACGGGGCGUUGACCUUGGCUGAAUUCAUACUGGAAGCAACCGAUCCUGUUUACCCCAUAAAUCUGGCUACCAAAACCACCGGAGAGACGGCACUACAUUGGGCAGCCAAGUACCAGAACGCUGAGCUGGUGAACCUGCUGUGUAAUGCCCAGGACUCCAACACUGAGGCCUCAAGACUGACUGAUGGCUUCACUCCUCUGAUGGUUGCUGCCUCCAAGGACUUCCGGGACGGCGUGUCCUCCCUUAUAGUAUGUGGCGCUAAUAUGGAACACAAGACCUCGCCUGGAGGCAUGACGGCCCUGAUGGUCGCAGCUAAGACGAACCAUAUCAACGCUCUGGAGGAGUUACUGGACGCUGGAGCACAACCUGGAGUUCAGGACGCAACAGGCAAGACCCCACUGAUGUUCUGCAUUCAAAACAAAAAUGAAGAAGCCACACGACUCAUCUUACAGAAACAAAUUGACAUAAAUAAACACGACAAGGAUGGGUCUACAGCGUUGAUGCUGGCAGCACGCAGCGGGUCACCGGCCAUCCUGAAGCUCGUCCUCGCACGCCAUCCCAUACUCGACCUCGCCGAUCACCUUGGGUCAACGGCUCUAGUCUACGCAGCCAACAACGAUGGUCGACUUGCUCUCCUGGAGGCCGGAGCCAGCAUGGAGGUGCAGGACAAACAAGGUGAUACACCGCUGAUGCGUUAUACGAGGGAGUCUAAGAGGGAUGGGGUGUUGCUCCUGCUCCAGUUCUGCCCGGAUCUCACCCAUCACAACAUGGAAGAUAAGACAGCUUUAAAGAUAGCUGAGGAGAAGGAAUACAAGUUUCUGAUCCAAGCCAUCAAAGGUAAACUAAGGGCUGCCUGUGAGCACAACGACGCAUCCUACAGUCUCGGAUACACUAGGUUUGAGUCCUGCGUGGAAAUGAAGUGUAACCGCAAGUGCAAUUGGGAGAAGACUGGCAAGACAGACCCCCAGUGUGAUGCCCUGGCCCAUGGUGGAGCCCAUGGUGGAGAUCAUAGUGAUGUUGGAGACUAUGGCGUGGGAGUAAGCUGUGCUGUCGGUCACCGCCUUGAGUGUUGUAGGUGCUGCCAGUGUGUGGACACUUUUGGUGCCGGUGUGGCGGCCGAGAGGGUCUGGAGCAACGUCUCGGCUGCAAUUGAUCGCCAUUAGUACCUUGCGCCAUGAACGUGUCCUCUGUCUCCAACUUUAUGAUUUUGUUGAGGAAGUGAACAAGAAAGGUCGCACUGAUUUCCUGGAAGACAUUCACUUGUGAACACCAGCAGUUGGGGAUGAUGACAUGGUCGGGUCGUUAAGACGAAUAAGAGGACUUCACGCAGGAGAGCAACUCACAGUUACAGCACUGCUCUUGUGCCAGGUUAAGUCUACUACGGGGUCACCAUAGCCCGUGCUACUUGGAAUUUUUUGUUUCGAGUAGCUGAAUCUAAAACAACAAGAGAGCAACUGUAUUGGCCGUUGAGAUGUGCAUCCUGUUCAUAUUAUAUAGUUAGGUUAUAAAGCACUCAGGAGAGUGUGAAAGAUUUUAUGUAUUUGAAAUAUUUGAAUAAACUACGUAGAAU